AUGGUGAUUGUGGUGUUGUCGCUUUUCCAUGCAAUUAUUGCGACUGCUUCAAGUUUGUCAGUUACCAAAGAGCUGUUGAUAUAUGACGGACAUCCAUUUGGCAGCCGAGCUGUGCUCGUGAGUAGUGAUCAUAAUGAGUCAUGUCAAUUUUUCGGUCAAAGUGAUCAGAUUGAGUUUAUUGAAAACCUUCCGGAUCGUCCGCCAAUUCGGGUGGUAAAUCAACAAGAAUGGUCGAACGUUUUUGCUGAAUGUCAGGAACAAUUGCUGUCCCAAAAUCAAACACCGACUCCGUCUAACAUACAUUUUAUCUACCCAGGCACCAAAUGGUGUGGACCAGGAAAUAUUGCAAAUAGUUAUGAUGAUCUGGGCAGUCGGGUCGCCACAGACAUGUGUUGUCGAGACCACGAUUUUUGUCCAGACACUAUGAAGCCUGGAACUUGCAAAUAUGGUUUGUGCAACAACUCCGUUUUCACAAAAUCAAACUGCCGUUGCGACGAGAAAUUACGUCAGUGCUUACUUAACUCAAAUGACCGAGCGAGUACUCCAGUCGGCAUAAUUUACUUCAAUGUUGCUGCUGUUAGUUGCUACACGCUAAGCCCUGAUUGUUUGAAUAAAGACUUCAAGCGACGGGAACAAAAAUAUUCCAGAGAUUUACCCGGAGACCAGAGCGGAUGGUGCUUCAUUCGGCCGGAGUCAUUUAGAAAGUCAAGGCGUUUAGGCCUAUAACCCCGUGAGGAUUGAAAUACUAAAUCAUCUAAGGAAAGUUGUUGAAAAGAGCUGGUAGUAAAAAAAAAACUGCGUAUAAUUUGUAGCAUCUGAAAUGAAAAUAAUUAAAGUUUGUUUUGUUGAAAAUAAUUAAGAACCAGUUGAACCUCAUAUGCAAUAUUGGUUUUGGGUAGCCUACCUCAAAUUUUAAGUUGAUUGAUUCCACCUAAUCACAUCUUUUGUGAUUAUCUAACAGCUCUGAUGUACAUUGUACAAGUACACUGUUCUUGACAUGUUAUAUCUGUGCUCUGUAAUUGCCGAAACUAAUGAAUACUAAUUCUGCAUCAUUUGUUAGAGUUCCGCAAACCUAUUAUCGAAAAAACAAUUAAUUAAUGUACAAUAUGCAUGAAAAAUUUUAGUCCAAUAUGAGAAAUACAAUAACGAAAGAAUUUAAA